AUGGGUACUGCAUCUUGUAAAAGUUUAAAAUCAUCAAUACCAAACCAACAAAAAGAAGAUGAUAAAACUAUCACCAUCGGUGUAUUUGGCCUUGAUGAUGCUGGUAAAACAUCAAUAAUUAAAGCAAUUCAAGGAGAGCCAACUGAUAAUAUUUCACCAACAACAAGCUCAAAAACGAUAACUAUAACACGUCCACAUUCUGUGAAAAAUGAUAAUAGUGAUAAAAACAAACUACAGCAACAUGUACAAAUAAUUGAUGUAAGUGGUGAAGAAAGAUCUCGACAACAAUCAUGGUUACAAUAUUACGAUCAAAUACAUGGCUAUAUAUUUGUAAUUGAUGCUAGUGAAAGAAAUCGAUUCAGGGAAAAUCAAGAUAUUCUAGAAGAUUUACUUGAACAUGAUAAACUUAAAAGUAAACCAAUUCUUUUUUUAGCGAAUAAACAAGAUCAAAGAGGUGCUAUUAGUAAUGAAUAUGAUUUUAAACGGAAAUUUAAUAUUGACAGAUUAAAAACAAAAUAUAAUAUUGAAUUUUGUUCAGCAUUGCCACAAAAUCGUAAAAAUAAAGUAGAUGAAUCAAUUGAACAAGGUUUUUCAUGUUUAAUUCAAACAAUAAAUGAUAAUUAUAAAGAAUUAAAUUCACGUAUUAUAAAACCAAAAUCUAUUCGUAUAAAUCGACAAUCCGAAGGUGACGAGAAUAAAAAUUUACGAACAAAAAAUUCAAAAAUUACUUCAGAAAAAUUACCAAGUAUUACUUCAAAUAAAAAUAAAGCCAAAACAUACAGUGAUGAUGAAGAUGAUGAUAAUAAAAAUAAUUUAUCUUCAAUAAAUGGUUUAAAUAAGAAGAAAAAGGUAGUAGGUGCUCCUAAUACUAGUGUUAUACCCAAAAAGAAUGUGCGUGAUACUGAAACAAAAGCAUUUCGUUCGACAUACGAAGCAUUUCCUGAAGAGACACCAUGGUCAACACCAUCAACAGCUCUUAAAUCAGCAAGAAGUGAUGAUAUAUUAACAAGACUUAAUACGAAAUCAUCGUUAACAGGUGAUACAAAAAGACGUGAUGUUAGUCCUCUUAUACGUGAUACUAAAUCUUAUACAAAUAAUUCAGCAUUAAAACGAGAUAAUAAUAGUGAUGAUGAUGAAGAAGACUAUAGUCGAUUACAAAAGUCAAAACCAAUAAGUCGAUUUGAUACUUCACCAUAUUCAACAAAUAGAUUUUCUUCAAAUACUAAACAACCACCGCCACCAUCAACAAGUAUUUACAAUGAUAAUUAUAGUAGUACUAAUAAUCAUUAUAAGCUGACAACAUCAAACAAAUCCUAUAAUCAUGAUGAUGAAGAUGAUGAAGAUAAUUAUAUAAAAAAAACCACAACAAAUAAUAAAUCUAUUAAAAGUUAUUCACAAUUAGCAGAUCGUUCGAAUCUUAACAAACGUUCAACAUAUGAUCAUGAUGAUGAUUAUUCAAUAUCUAAACCAACAAAUCGUUCAAAAUAUAAUGAUGAUGAUGAUGAUGACAAUACUAAUCAUCGUUGGUCAUCAUCAAAACCAACAACAGGUUCAAAAUAUGGUGGUGAUGAUGAUGACGAUGAUUAUCCAUCUUCAAAAAUGACAACACAUUCAAAAUAUAACAAUGAUAAUCGAGCUUUAUCUGCUUCAAAACCAGUAUCUCGUUCAAAAUAUGAAGAUGAUGACGAUGAUCAUAAUGAUUAUACAAGUGCAUCAAAGAAGAAUACUUAUUCAUCAUAUAACAAUUAUAAUGGUAGUAGUGGUUCUCGACCUCGUGUUGGAACUGAUGAUUUUUUUACAUCAAAAAAUGAAACAAACAACACCAAUCGAUUUCGAAAAAAUACAUAUUAUGAUGACUGA